UGAGACGCUGCAUCCAUAAUGAAAUAAAACUGAUAUGUAGCUUCCAGAUUUUGACCGAAUAUUUCCUUUUUUUUUCUUCGUUUCCUGAUUUCUUUCCGAUUUUUAGUCAAUUUUUUGAUUUAUGUGCCAAUUACUGUAUCUUCCCGAACCCCUGGAGGCGCCCUGUGAUCCAGAACCUAAGGUUGCGUACGAGCGGGAGUAACUACCUGCGCGAUUUCAUUCCGACAAAAAUCACCACUGACGGCUGGGAGCCAAUGUAAAUAACCUGAUAACAUUCAAUUCAACAUGGCAGAACUUUUACUCGACUCGAAUAUUAGGGGUUGGGUAUUUCUACCCAUAGUAGUGAUUACUUUUUUAGUUGGGAUAGUUCGUCAUUAUGUUUCAAUGCUUCUCGCAUCUCAGAAAAAGGUUGAAGUUCACCAAGUGCAGGACAGCCAGGUAAUGAUUCGCUCUCGGAUAUUACGAGAGAAUGGUCAAUACCUGCCCAAAUCAGCAUUUGUGAUGAGGCGGCACUUCUUCAACAAUGAAGAGACCGGAUAUUUUAAGACUCAAAAACGAGCUCCGGUAUCACAGAACCCAAUGACUGAUCCCAGCAUGAUGACUGAUAUGCUGAAAGGAAACGUGACUAAUGUCUUACCCAUGGUCUUGAUUGGAGGAUGGAUCAAUUGGAUGUUUUCAGGCUUUGUCACGACAAAAGUACCUUUCCCACUGACUCUACGUUUCAAACCAAUGCUUCAACGAGGUAUCGAACUUGUGACACUUGACGCCGCCUGGGUUUCCUCUGCUUCUUGGUAUUUCCUAAACGUAUUUGGACUCCGAUCCAUCUACACUUUGGUGCUCGGUGAAAAUAAUGCUGCCGAUACAUCUAGGCUUCUUCAAGACCAAGUGUCAGGAGCUGCUAUGUCGAUGCCUCCAGAUCCAAAAGCUGCUUUUAAGGCGGAAUGGGAAGCCCUUGAGAUAUGCGAACACAACUGGGCUUUAAAUGGAGCUGAUGCCGAUCUUCUCGGUCCUCAGAAUACCCCUGAUUCAGCAGAGAGCAUUUAUCACCAAAGUAAAACUAACUAGGUAUUCAUGAUUAAUAAUAAUAAUUUCUAAUUAUGUUAGAUAUUAUGAAUAUAAGUACAAGAAACGGAAAAAAUAUGCAAGUAUAAUCUCUUCCGUCUUUUGAAUUCUGCACAUUUUAGACCCAUUUUCUUUCACUGAGAUUUCGUUCAGAGAUCAUUGUACCUUUAUUUAUUGUAACUGUAAAUAAAUGAUUAUAGAUGAGAAAAAAAAUACCGUUCAACGUCCUGUAUGAAUUAUAUCAAUGAUCGGCAUGAGCUAUACAUUCACACUGAUACACAAUCUGUAUAUUCUUAGAUAAGUAAAAAUAAAAGAAAUACCCCACUGUCUCAAAGAGCCGAUGGAAAAAAAUAAUUCCUCGUA